AUGGUGGUAAUAUCUGAAGUGGAACUUUGCGUAUUGACACAUAAUCGUAAUUUUUGGUAUCAAAUCUUCAGUCCACACUAUGAAUGGCUUGAAAAAAUUUUAUUCGCUUCUAUUAAAACAUUCAUCGUUGAUAUGAACAGUUUACAACCGAACCAAUACACGAAAAGAACUAGUGAGAUGAAUGAUAAAGGAAUCCAUAUGAAAGAGGAUGUCAACUAUUCUCAUGAUAAUAAACAUCUAGAGUUUGAUUUACCGUCAUUACUUGCUUCAGGAAAAUUUUUCAUUGAUGAAUUAGGCUUUCUUGUUGCACCAAAUGGUACACGUUUUCGUAUACCUUCAGGUCCUCCAGAAGGUCGUAAACCUUUGAGAUUAGAUAAAACUCGAUCAAACAAAGAAUUUUUAAAAAAUAACUUAAAUUCUUCAACAAAAUUCAUACAUAAAUCAUAUCAAACAGCUCAUAUAGAACUACAAGAUGGUAACAAACCGAUAAACAAUGGAAUAAAGCGACAAGAGUUAAAUUUUAAUAAUUCUUUUCUAAACAGAGAAAAUCAUAAUCUUUCAAGAUUAUUACUAUCAUCGAAUAGUGAAUUUACAAAAACAUCAUUCAGUACACUAACAACAACAACAUCAUCAUCAAGACUUGAAACAAUAGCAUCAAAUAAUUCUUCGCUUUAUAAUCUAAUCAAUAACAAUCAUUUUCCUUCAGAUAUUUUACAUUCUGUUGACUGGAAUGUCAUUUUAUUGACAUUAAUUAUCAGUUCAAUCUCUUUAGUUUGUAAUACAGUACUGAUUGUUUUAUUAUCAUGGAGAAUAAGUCAUUAUAAGAAGUGGAAGAAAGAGAAAUAUUCAUUAAAUAUUCUAUAUGAUAAUAAUAAUAAUAAUAAUAAUAGUAAUGAGAAUGAAAAGGUGCCAAUGUAUACUGAAUCAACAUGUACAGAUCGAUCACCGAGUAAUCUACCAACGUGUGAAUGUAUACUUGAUCGUAUACAUUAUCCAUGUAUACAUAAAAAAUCAUUUUAUUCAAAGAAUGAUAACUUAAAGUAUAAAGUUGGCAAAUUAUCAAAUUCUUGGUGUUAUACAAAUCAACCAUGUGAACUAUUAUCUCAAGUAUAUCAUCAUAACAAUAAAAGGUGUGUACAUAAUAUACAUCAAUUAUUAUGUAAUAAUAGUAAUAAUAAUAAUAAUGAUAAUAAUAAUGUUUAUACUUCAACACAAAAAUGUCAAUAUAAAAUAAUGAAUGAUAAUAAUUGGCAUAUAAUUUCUAAUGAUACAAAUAAUGACAAUGAAGAUGAUUCAGAUGAAUCGAAAGCAAACUCUGAGAUACUUUUUACACCACAAAUAAAUAAAUGUAAAGAAAAUAUUUACUAA